GAGCUGCUGUAACCUCAGACCAUGGCCUACACUCUGGGCUCAGCCACCGGGGGCCAGACUCGCAGUGUUGGACCUCAGCACUGCGUCACACGGGUAGAGCUCUCCGUGACGGCAACAAGCCUGCUGGAUCGAGAUGUGGCCUCCAAGUCAGACCCGUUCUGUGUUCUUUUUCAUGAAGUGGAUGGAAACUGGGUGGAGUUGGGUCGCACUGAGACAGCUGUGAACAACUUGAACCCAGUGUUUGGAGUGAAGUUUCAGGUGGAUUACCACUUCGAGGAAAUCCAGAAGCUUCGCUUUGCCAUGUUUGAUGAAGACAAGUGUGCUACCCAACUCUACGAACAUGACUUCCUGGGAGAAUUCAUUUGUACGCUGGGAGUGAUUGUGUCCAAUAAGAAACUUCACAGACCAUUGAUUUUGGCCAAUGGGAAGCCAGCAGGCAAAGGAUCAAUUACGAUAACGGCUCAGGAGCUGUCUGACAACAGAAUCAUUACUUUGACCUUGUGUGGGCGUAAACUGGAUAAAAAGGACUUCUUUGGAAAAUCAGACCCGUACCUGGAAUUUCACAAACAGGGAGAAGAUGGCAAAUGGAUGCUGGUGCACAGGACAGAAGUUAUAAAGAACACUUUAGAUCCAGUGUGGAAACCUUUCACUGUGCCUCUCAUUUCUCUCUGCAAUGGGGAUGUGGACAGAAGCAUUAAGGUCCUGUGUUACGACUACGACAACGAUGGAGGCCAUGACUUCAUAGGAGAGUUUCAAACCACUGUCACCAAGAUGAGUGAAGCACAGAACUCAGUGGAGGUAGAGUUCGAGUGCAUCAACCCAAAGAAACAGAAGAAAAAGAAGAAUUACAAAAACUCUGGGAUUAUUGUUCUCAGGUCGUGUAAGAUUACACGGGACUACACAUUUCUGGAUUAUAUCCUGGGAGGAUGCCAGCUCAUGUUUACUGUCGGCAUAGACUUCACAGCAUCCAAUGGAAACCCUCAAGAGCCAUCAUCGCUCCAUUACAUUAACCCACUGGGCAGCAAUGAGUAUCUGGCAGCUAUAUUAGCUGUAGGACAAAUUAUACAGGACUAUGACAGCGACAAAAUGUUUCCUGCUUUGGGAUUUGGAGCACAACUCCCACCAGACUGGAAGGUGUCACAUGAAUUUGCCAUCAACUUUAAUCCCACCAACCCCUUCUGUUCAGGUGUGGAGGGCAUUGCACAGGCCUACUCUGCCUGUCUCCCUCACAUCCGCUUCUACGGACCGACAAACUUUUCUCCAAUCAUCAACCAUGUAGCACGUUUUGCUGCCCAGGCCCUUCAACAAGAAAAAGCAGCGCAGUACUUCACUCUGCUCAUCAUAACAGACGGUGUCAUCAGUGACAUGGACGAGACGCGCGACGCCAUCGUACAGGCGUCUAAGCUGCCCAUGUCCAUCAUUAUCAUUGGUGUGGGCAACGCAGACUUCGCAGCUAUGGAGUUCUUAGAUGGAGACGCCAGUGUGUUACGAUCCAACACGGGCGAAGAGGCUGUUCGAGACAUUGUUCAGUUUGUCCCUUUCAGGGAUUUUCGGAAUGCACCAAAGGAGACUCUUGCCAAGUCUGUGCUGGCCGAGCUGCCUCAGCAGGUCACCCAGUACUUCAAACAGCGGAAUCUACCGCCCAUCAAUCCCGCUCCAGAGUGAGACGGUCC